AUGGAGGUAGAGAAUAGCAUUAGAGGCAAUGGCGACAAGGUCGAGAAAGAAGAGGAACUUGUCGAUAAGAAGAGGAAGCAAUAUCGACGAGGAGGAAUCAGAACAUUACCUUUCAUCCUUUCAAAUGAAUUAUGUGAUAGAUUUGCGAGCGCUGGUUUUCAUGCAAACAUGAUAAGCUACCUUACUCUAGAGCAAAACAUGCCAUUGGUAUCGGCCUCCAACACUAUCACCAACUUUGCAGGAGUAUCUAACUUCACUCCUUUACUUGGUGCUUUCAUUGCUGACUCCUAUGCUGGCCGAUUUUGGACCAUCACUGUUGCUACUUUCAUCUAUGAACUGGGAUUGGUUAUUAUAACUGUAUCAGCUACUCAGCCCCAUAUGCACCCCCCACCAUGCCCAACUCAAGUGAAUUGUCAAGAAGCCACAUCCUCACAGCUAUGGAUACUAUACCUCUCUCUCCUCCUCAUAUCUCUUGGCACAGGUGGAAUUAGACCUUGUGUUGUGCCCUUUACAGCUGACCAAAUUGAUAUGACAAAAAAAAGUGUGGAAUCUAGGAAGUGGAACCUCUUCAAUUGGUACUAUUUCUGCAUGGGCUUGGCUUCUCUAAGUGCUUUAACCAUUGUGGUUUACAUUCAAGAUCAUAUUGGUUGGGGCUGGGGCCUUGGGAUUCCAACCAUUGCCAUGCUUAUAUCUCUCUUCUGCUUUGUGUUGGGCUCACCACUCUAUACGACUGUGAAACCUGAAGGGAGCCCUUUAGUUCGUUUGGCCCAAGUAAUUGUGGCAUCUGUAAAGAAGAGGAAGGAAACCUUGCCAGAGGAUCCCAAGCUUUUGUACCAAAAUAGGGAGCUUGAUGAUGCUAUUUCUUUGGAAGGAAGGCUUUUACACUCAGAUCAAUUUAGAUGGUUGGACAAGGCUGCAAUAGUAACAGAGGAGGAGGCCAGAGAUCCAAAUGCACCACCAAAGUUAUGGAAAUUAAGCACUGUCCAUAGAGUUGAAGAGUUAAAAUCUCUCAUUAGAAUGCUUCCUAUUUGGGCAACAGGAAUUUUGCUCAUGGCUUCGGUAUCACACCAGCAGAGUUUUGUCAUUCAACAAGCUCGCACAAUGGAUCGUAACCUCUCACACUCAUUCCAAAUUCCACCAGCUAGCAUGUCUAUUUUCAGUGUGGUAACUAUGUUGGUAGGCAUUAUUCUAUACGAACGCCUUUUUGUUCCCUUUGCUCGUAGGUUCAGUGGGAACCCUUCUGGAAUCACAUGCCUACAAAGAAUGGGAGUAGGCUUUGUGAUUAACAUUAUAGCCACAUUAGUUUCAGCACUGGUUGAAAUCAAAAGGAAAGCAGUUGCUUCCAAGUACCACUUAUUGGAUGAUCCAAAAGCCAUUAUUCCUAUUAGUGUGUUCUGGUUGGUACCACAGUAUUGUCUGCAUGGAGUGGCUGAAAUUUUUGGGAUUGUUGGGCAUUUGGAAUUUCUGUUUGAUCAGUCACCUGAAACUAUGAGAAGCAGUGCUACAGCUCUCUAUUGCAUAACUACAGCUAUUGGGAACUUUGUUGGUACUUUAAUUGUGUCACUAGUUCACAAGUAUACUGGCAAGGAAAGGAAUUGGCUACCUGAUAGGAACCUCAAUAGGGGUAGAUUGGAGUACUAUUACUUUCUUGUUAGCGGGAUUCAAGUUAUAAAUCUCAUUUAUUAUGUAAUAUGUGCUUGCUUUUACACUUAUAAGCCCUUGGAAGAUAUUAGUGAGAUAAACAAGCAAGAUGACCAGGAACAUGCCAAUGAAAAAAUAGCAUCUGAUGUUGUUGAUUGA